UGCAGAUCAAAGCCGAGCUCAAGCUCGAGCUUGCGUUUUAUCAUGCCCUCAUCCCAGUCGGCAUGCCGAAUUUGUUUGUCAACUUGGCCGAGCGGCUCGCAGAUUCUACCGCGCCCUGUGCAGAGGGGUGUGAAGAGUUAUUCUACGCAGACGGUGGGCCAUUGGUCUAGCAGAGGCCCUCGAAUAGCCUCAAAGCUCUCCUUUCGAUCAUAUCAGCAUGUGCGAAGAUACAAUAGCCAGUCGGGCCUGGCGUCGGGAACGAGCGUGAUUCAACAAGAUGCUACCGUUGCAGCCGUGGCGGACCACUGGUUACCCAUUCUACCGAGCCUUACGCAUGCGCUGCAAGAUCUUCCCGCCGCUUUGCAUCUCUCAGGACCCUAUGCAACCUCUUUUGCCAUUGUCAUCCUCACGUUGACGUUGAGGACCACCAUCAGCUUACCCGUCACAUUUUGGCAGCGCCGCAGAUCCAGGAGGAUGGUAGACCAUGUUCUGCCAGAGUGGCAGGCUGCAAAGUCACGUCUGCCGGUCGAGAUCGGCAAGAAGAUGGCUCGAAGAAGGGCAUCACGGGCUGAAUACCAGCUAGAGCUCAACAAAGCGGCUCGCGAGACACUAGGAUCGCUGAUGAAGAAACACCGAUGCGCUCCUAUUCCCACAUUUGUUGUCCCUCUUAUUGUCAACAUCCCAAUAUUCCUAGGCAUAUCUGCAAUUAUUCGCUACGGCUGUGUACCUCCAACGCCAUGGGGGAACGAGAUCGCGCCCUUUCCUUGGGCCGGUCCUAGCGCAGACUCUCAGGCAAGUUUCGCUGCGUCGAUCAAGAUCCUCAUGGAUCGUGGACUCGAUGCCGAGCAGAUCUCCAUGCUCUCACCGAAGCAAGGACUAACGCUCAUCGAACGAGAUUACACUGGUUUCGGCCCACUAGCAUUUGGCAUGAUUACCCUGCUUGGUGUCGAACUAGGCGCUUGGAGACGAAGGCUAACGGACCCCGAGCAAGUCCUACAUGAAGGUGCCAAAGAGCACGAACCUAAACGGAAGACCCAACCACGGGCAGCAUCGCCCCCUUCGCCUAAAGAGGACCGCACCGUCCGAGCAAAGAGCAUUUCGAUGCUCCGACAAACUGUCAUUUCGAAUACACUCAGAGCGGCCUCGAUCGUUUUCGUUCCAAUCGCCAUGCAGGUUCCAAGCGCACUUCUCGUUUACUGGCUAGCCAAUUCGGGCUACACAGUAGUGCAAAAUGCGCUCUUGGCAGCGAUGGAAGGGAAAGAGGGAAAGCAAAAAUAGACUCCGAGUUGAGAGUCAUGAAAUGCAUUACAUGCACGCGUCUUCCCAC